UUCGCUUUAUGGAUCAUCCAAAGCAUUGUUCGCUAUUUAACUUACGCAAUAUCAGCGACAUACCGGUUCUCCAAGGCAGUUAAUAUAUUUUAUGCAAAGUAUUCGGUACGCGAACACGGUGCACCGAAAAUUUUAAAUAAAAACGAAACAACCCUUUAAGCUAAGUACAUAUUUGUACAUACAAGUGGAAAAAUACUAAAACUCAAGAGGAAAUUCGUAGCAGUGCCAAUAAACGUGUUCCCGUGAACGAAGGAAGAAAGCAAAGAAUAGGAACAUAGAAGCAAGAAUAAAAGCAAGGGGAAGAAGAAACAUUUGUCUUCCGAGAAAGGUUCAAAAGCAGCGCGUGUGGGUGAACAGCAAGAGGGUGAAAAAGUAAAAGGAUAGGGUACAAAUUGCUUCUUCUGGCUGAUGAACUAUGACACAGAGGUAUUGUUAGGAUGCGAGGGGCAAUUUUGUGACUUGAUAAAGGCAAACUAAUUUUGGGUAAAAGUGAUUAGGUGAAGACAAAUUCAAUCAUUAACGUCAAAAUUUUGUUUAACCUCCAAUAAAUUUUUUCGAGUGCAUAUAUGUAUAUUACGGGGAAAUGAAGAAAUGCUCCUAGAACUGGAAGAUGAGACUCGGGAUUUCCUUACGAUUUACAGAAAGGAUUUUCCAGCGAAACAAACCGAGAAACGAAAGGCAUAUGUACAAGAAACCAGCUACCCUCCACCCUUGACCAUUUUAAAUGGUCCUUUCAAGAAAUGUUUAAACACUCGUCGAAAGAAUGCGACUUUACCUUUGGACGAGCAGACUGAAGAUCCCCAAGAUGUUUUAAACAGAAUUCGCGAUAGUCACCCUCGUAUGAAAGACUUUCUUCCGGAAACCACCCCAAACGAAGAGUUGAUCGAGAGAAGAGAGAACGAAGUUACGCAAACUCUCUAUCAGUUGGAUUAUUCGAAAGGCGAUUAUUCGCCACGUGUGAAGAUCUACGGUAGAAGAAAAGAUAUAAAGUUACCAGAGGAUUGGGUCAUAUCGGAAACGAUUCAAAAUAAAUCCUAUAGAAAUCCGUGGAAGAUUGCCACUGAAAAUUUAUUACGCGUUGACAGAGUUCAGAAACCUCUGGAUAACUUAACGCCGAGCCAAAAGGAACGAGAAAUUCUUCGUAUACGAACCGGGGAUACAGAAUACGAUGCCACGAUUGAAACUAUAGGAAAUCGCAUAAUAAAGGAGUGUCCGUUUGGACCACCCCUGCCAGUAGAGCCACAAAUAUAUUCCAAAGGACCCAACAGUACACCAUCCGAAUGCUCUUUGGUUCUUGCGAAAAAGAAGCUGGCACUUCCAUCCAAUGUACUUUGA